AUGAGCGACACGGGGAUCUUCCCAACCAGCUACGUUCACUUGAAGAAGGCCAUUGUAACCAACAGAGGGCAGUAUGAGACAGUGGUGUUGCUGGAAGACCCCAUUGUGACGGAGGUGACGUCCACCCUGCAGGAAUGGGCCCUGUCGUGGAAGCAACUCUACGUGAAACACAAGGUGGACUUGUUCUACAAGUUGCGUCACGUGAUGAAUGAGCUGUUUGACCUUCGGAGACAGAUGCUGUCUGGUCACCUGACCCAGGAUCAGUUCAGAGAUGUCAAGAAACACAUCACAGUCCGCCUGGACUGGGGAAACGAACACCUCGGCCUGGAUCUCGUACCCAGGAAGGAGUUUGAGAUGGUUGAUGCAGAACAAAUCAGUGUCUCAGACUUAUACAAAAUGCAUCUGUCCAGCCGACAGAGUGUCCAGCAAAGCACAACCCAGGGUGACAGUGUGCGUCGGGGCCACGGUGUAGAGCCCUGCUGUAUCCCCGUCCCUCACCACCUGUUCAUCAACCUGAAGAGCUUCACCUACAACACCAUGGGAGAAGAUACAGACAUCUUCUUCUCUCUCUACGACCUCAGGGAGGGGAAUCACAUCAGUGAGAAGUUUAUGGUCAGACUGAACAAGAAUGGAGGUCCCAAAAAUCCAGAAAAGGUUGACCGACUGUGUGCUCUCUUCACGGAUCUAAGCAAUAAGGACAUGAAGCGGGACCUGUAUAUUGUUUCCCAAGUCAUCAGAACUGGUCGGAUGCUGCUGAAUGACACUAAGAAGGGUCCUCCUCACGUCCAGUACAGAAGGCCGUACGGCUGUGCGGUUCUGGCCAUGAGUGAUGUCCUACAGACCAUCUCAGAACUAAAGGAGGAGAAGGACUUUGUACUCAAAGUCUACACAUGUAACAAUGAGAACGAGUGGUACCAGAUCCACGAAAACAUCAUAAGAAAAUCCAGCACCAAGUACACAGCUCCCAGCACCAACUACGGUCUGAUCAUCUCUCUUCUUCUUCUCAGGUCUGAUAGAGACGAAAAAAAGAGAAGAGAAAACCCGUUGUUGAUGCGACCAAAGUUGAGCCCCUUGAUGUAAAUUGUGUGUGUCUGUCUAAUCUCCCCAGGUGACAUCCGUAACGACCUGUACCUCACCUUGGAAAGAGGAGACUUUGAAAGGGGAGGCAAGAGUGUCCAGAAGAACAUUGAGGUCACCGUCUACGUGCUCUUCGCAGACGGAGAAAUACUCAAAGACUGUAUCAGCCUGGGCAGUGGUGAGCCCCACAUCAGUGAACAUCGCUCAUUUGUCCUCUACCACAACAACAGCCCCCGCUGGAGCGAAAUGGUUAAACUCCCCAUCCCCAUAGACUGCUUCAGAGGGUCACACCUACGCUUCGAGUUCAGACACUGCUCCACCAAAGACAAGGGGGAGAAGAAGCUGUUUGGUUUUGCCUUCACACCACUGAUGAGAGAGGACGGGACUACGCUGUCAGACGAGAGUCACGAGCUCUUUGUGUACAAGUGUGAUGAGAAUGCUACGUUCAGUAACCAUGCGUUGUACCUGGGUCUGCCCUGCUGUAAGGAGGACUUCAACGGCUGUCCCAACAUUCCCUCCAGCCUCAUCUUCCAACGCAGCACCAAGGAGACCCUCUGGAUCUCCACACAGCUCUCCUCCACCAAGCUCACACAGAAUGUGGACCUGCUUGCGUUGUUGAAGUGGAAGGCCCACCCUGACAGAGUGAUGGACAUCCUGGGGCGACUACGUCACGUCAGUGGAGAGGAGAUCGUCAAGUUUCUUCAAGACAUCUUGGACACGCUGUUUUCCAUCCUGGAUGACAACACUGACAAGUACGGUCCCCUGGUGUUCCAGUCACUGGUGUUCAUCAUUAAUCUGCUGAGGGACAGCAAGUUCUAUCACUUCUGCCCCGUCAUGGACACUUACAUACAGAAGCACUUUGCUGGAGCGCUGGCGUACAAAGAGUUGAUCCGCUGUCUGAAGUGGUACAUGGACCGUUCUGCAGAGGUGAUGAGACAGAACCACAUCCAGGAGGCCAUGAGGGCCCUGGAGUACCUGUUGAAGUUUAUUAUCCAGUCUCGCAUCCUGUACUCCCGUGCUACCUGUGGUAUGGAGGAGGAGCAGUUCAGAGCCAGCAUCCAGGAGCUCUUCCUGUCCAUCCGCUUUGUCCUCAGUCUGGACAGCCGCGGCUCUGAGACGCUCGUUUUCACACAGGUCCCCCAGCCUGCCUCUGGACAGGGACAGCCCCCAGGCCCCAUCAGCUGUACUCAGGCCUGGAGCUCCAACGCUCCUCGCCCCUCUCCUCUCUCAGCGGCGCUAUUGAACUCGUUCCCGGCUAUCUUUGACGAACUGCUUCAGAUGUUUACAGUCCAGGAAGUGGCAGAGUUCGUACGGGGCACGCUGGGCAGUAUGCCCAGUACCGUACACAUUGGACAGUCCAUGGAUGUGGUCAAACUGCAGUCCAUCGCUCGCACCGUCGACAGUCGCCUCUUCUCCUUCCCAGAGUCUCGUAGGAUCUUGCUUCCUGUAGUUCUACAUCACAUCCACCUCCACCUGAGACAGCAGAAAGAGCUCCUCAUCUGUUCUGGCAUCCUCAGCAGUAUCUUCUCCAUCAUCAAGACCAGCUCUCUGGACACCCCAGUGCAGGAGGAGGUAGAGAUGAUGGUGGAAUCUCUCCUGGAUGUGCUUCUCCAGACCCUGCUGGCCAUCAUGACCAAGUCUCAGUCCCAGGAGGCGGUAAGAGGCCAUCGCUGCCCACAGUGCACGGCUGAGAUCACUGGAGAAUAUGUGUCCUGCCUCCUAUCCCUGCUGCGUCAGAUGUCUGACAUCCACUUCAACCAUCUACUGGACAACUUCCAGAGCAAAGAGGAAGUCAAGGAGUUCCUUCUGAAGAUAUUCUGUGUGUUUCGUAACCUGAUGAAGCUCAGUAUAUUUCCCCGGGACUGGAACGUGAUGAGGCUGCUGACCAGCAACACCAUAGUGACAACUGUCCAAUAUCUGUCCUCGGCUUUGCACAAGAACUUCACCGAGGCUGACUUUGAAUUCAAGGUGUGGAACUCAUACUUCAGUCUGGCUGUUCUCUACAUCAGCCAGCCCAGUCUACAACUGGAGAACACCACCCCAGCCAAGAGGAAGAAUGUGUUGGACAAGUAUGGUGACAUGAGAGUGAUGAUGGCCUACGAGCUGUUCAGCAUGUGGCAGAACCUCGGUGAGAACAAGAUCCACUUCAUCCCAGGUAUGAUAGGUCCGUUCCUGGGUGUGACCCUGGUGCCUCAGGGGGAGGUGAGGAACAUCAUGAUCCCUAUCUUCCACGACAUGAUGGACUGGGAGCAGAGGAAGAACGGGAACUUCAAACAGGUGGAGGCAGAGCUGAUAGACAAGCUGGACAGAAACACAGAACACCGAGAACUUUUCAGCCUGCUAACCCAGCUCUUUGGCCCUUACCCCAGUCUGCUGGAGAAGAUUGAGCAAGAGACGUGGAGGGAGACGGGGAUCUCCUUCGUCACCUCUGUCACACGGUUGAUGGAACGUCUGCUGGACUACAGAGACUGCAUGAAAGGAGACGAGACAGAGAACAAGAAGAUUGGCUGUACUGUCAACCUGUUGAACUUCUACAAGUCAGAGAUCAACAAGGAGGAGAUGUACAUCCGCUAUAUCCACAAGCUGUGUGACAUGCACCUCCAGGCUGAGAACUACACAGAGGCUGCGUUCACCCUGCUGUUGUACUGGGAGCUACUGCAUUGGGAAGAGAGGCCUCUAAGGGAGUUCCUCCACUACCCAGCCCAGAGCGAGUGGCAUCGCAAAGAGGGCCUCAGUCGCAAGGUCAUCCACUACUUCAACAAGGGAAAGUGCUGGGAAUACGGGGUACCGUUAUGCAGAGAGCUGGCUUUCCAGUAUGAGACAUUAUACGACUACCAAAGCCUCAGCUGGAUUAGGAAAAUGGAAGCUGCUUACUAUGACAGCAUCAUGGAGCAGCAACGUCUAGAGCCAGAGUUCUUCAGGGUGGGCUUCUACGGACGCAAGUUCCCCUUCUUCCUAAGAAACAAGGAGUUUGUCUGCCGCGGUCAUGACUACGAACGGCUUGAAGCCUUCCAGCAAAGGAUGCUGGGAGAAUUCCCACAAGCCAUUGCCAUGCAGCACCCUAAUCAACCAGACGAGGCCAUCUUACAGUGUGAUGCCCAGUACCUGCAGGUCUAUGCGGUGACACCGGUUCCGGAGAAUGUCAAAAUUCUCCAAAUGGACCGCGUUCCAGACCGCAUCAAGAGCUUCUACCGUGUUAACAACGUGCGCCGCUUUCGCUACGACCGGCCCUUCCACAAAGGAUCCAAAGAUCGAGAGAACGAGUUCAAGAGCUUGUGGAUCGAGAGGACUACGCUGAUCCUCACACAUCCUCUUCCUGGUAUCUCCCGCUGGUUUGAGGUGGAGAAGAGAGAGCUGGUGGAAGUCAGUCCUCUGGAGAAUGCCAUCUACGUGGUGGAGAACAAGAACCAUGAGCUGCGGACCCUGAUCAGCCAGUACCAACACAAGCAGCUCCAUGGCAACAUCAACCUGCUCUCCAUGUGUCUCAAUGGGGUCAUUGACGCUGCCGUCAACGGGGGCAUCGCCAGAUACCAGGAGGCCUUCUUUGAUAAGGAGUACAUCAGCAGCCACCCAGAAGACACAGAGAAGAUCACUGCCCUCAAAGACCUCAUGCAGGAACAGGUUUACAUCCUGGGGGCGGGGCUUGCGGUCCAUGACAAGCUGGUGCACCCUGAAAUGCGUCCCCUGCACAAGAAGCUGAUAGAUCAGUUCCAGAUGAUGAGGAGCAGUCUCUAUGGUCUGCCGGGACUGGACAAGCUGAGUCCUGCCUGUUCUAGUGUCAGCACCACAAGAGGCAUCCUGGCUACGCACAGCCCCAUGAGCCCCGACAGCUUCAAACUCAUUCACAGGCACAGUCCACUGAAUCUGCUGGGGUCUAUCCGCCAGUCGUCCUCCUCACUGUCCUCUCACACCUCCAGCGAAACGGGUAACCUGGUGAUCCUGACGGACAGCGUGGUGAUGGAACACCCCGAGGACAUCUACCGUAUGCAGCCCAGUCCCUCGUCCUCCAGUCUAAGCUCCACCCACUCAGCCCCCUCCCAGAUGAUGAACUCUGCACCCAACAGUAUCAGAGGCUCCCCGUCGCUGCCAGAAAAAUACAGACACAACCGUGAAAUGUUGAUGCUGCUGCCUCUGCACCGUGAGAGACCCAGCUCCGCUAUGUACCCCAACAUCACUGAGAACGGACAGCCAACUAACUUCCAGCGAGCGUUGUUCCACCAGGUGAUUGGUCCGUGCAAGCCCUGUAGCGACCCUAACCUGUCCGUAGCGGAGAAAGUCCUGACCACCCCCAGCUCCUGGAGUCUGGACAGUGGUACCAGAGAGGCGUUGCCGUUCCUGUCCGCCCACGUUGGGAGUGUGAUGGCCCCCCCAGUCCCGCCCCGUAGCCUUCCCCAUGGACACUUCUCCAUGAACUUUGAUGCUUUCCACCACCAGAACAGCGACCUCCCUCCAGCUCUCCCUGCACGCUCCUCUUUACGAAAGUCACCCCUGCACCCUAUACCUGCCUCGCCCACCAGUCCCCAGUCCGGCCUGGAUGGCAGUAACUCUACCCUCUCUGGCAGCGCCUCCUCCGGCGUCUCAUCCUUGAGUGAGAGCAACUUGUUGGGCCAGUCCUGCUCCACCGAGCCCCCUGGAACUACCAGUAGACACCCAGCAGGCACCCUGGACUCUGUCUCCAUCACACCUAGCACGGUGCACUCUAUCUGGGCCAUAGACGGAGAAGACCUGGGAAUGGACUCCCCCUCUAGUCCCUACCUGCCUGUCCGAUACAGCGUCUCCGAGCCAGAGGUCCUGGAUGGCUCCAAACCCCCUCCCUGCCGUAGCCACUCUGCCCCUGGGUGGGUCACCCCGGUCAUCACCCCUAUUAUCCCCGUCCUCCCAGAGGCCCACGCCCUAAACAUCCAGAACCUCCCCCACUACCACCAGGAGCCCCCGCCCACCCUGCCCCCCAAGCCCUACCUGAGAGAGGGGUGUAUCCCUGAGGAAGGGUGUAUUCUGGUGCCCAGGCCCAUGCCACGCAAGAUCUCUCAGCCUCUCAUCACCUCCAAGGAAGAGCAGGCCAAGGUGGCGUGGGAGCACGUCAUCACCUCCAAGGAAGAGCAGGCCAAGGUGGCGUGGGAGCACGUCAUCACAGAGGAGUAAAGAGCAGGCCAAGGUGGCGUGGGAGCACGUCAUCACAGAGGAGUAAAGAGCAGGCCAAGGUGGCGUGGGAGCACGUCAUCACAGAGGAGUAAAGAGCAGGCCAAGGUGGCGUGGGAGCACGUCAUCACAGAGGACUAAAGAGCAGGCCAAGGUGGCGUGGGAGCACGUCAUCACAGAGGAGUAAAGAGCAGGCCUGUGGUUUAUUCAGUCAGUGAUGUGAAACUUUGUGAAUGUUUCAGAUAUAAAUAGUGUGAAUAGAGCUGACACCUGAUCCCCCCCUAUUCCAUCUGACAAACAAUCAUAUAUGUUCUACAUUAUAUAUUGCUAUCUGAAUGUUCUGUAACUUUAUAUCCUCCUGAACAUGCCCAUGGUUUAGAAAUGGUUGGGGCCAGUGUUAGGGCCUGGGUUAGGACCUGUCUCUCUGAGGGGCCAGUGUUAGGGCCUGGGUUAGGACCUGUCUCUCUGAGGGGCCAGUGUUAGGGCCUGGGUUAGGACCUGUCUCUCUGAGGGGCCAGUGUUAGGGCCUGGGUUAGGACCUGUCUCUCUGAGGGGCCAGUGUUAGGGCCUGGAUUAGAACCUGUCUCUCUGAGGGGCCAGUGUUAGGGCCUGGGUUAGGACCUGUCUCUUUGAGGGGCCAGUGUUAGGGCCUGGGUUAGGACCUGUCUCUCUGAGGGGCCAGUGUUAGGGCCUGGAUUAGAACCUGUCUCUCUGAGGGGCCAGUGUUAGGGCCUGUCUCUCUGAAAGGGUCAGUGUUAGGACCUGUCUCUUUGAGGGGCCAGUGUUAGGACCUGUCUCUCUGAGGGGCCAGUGUUAGGAUCUGUCUCUCUGAGGGGCCAGUGUUAGGGCCAGUGUUAGGACCUGUCUCUCUGAGGGGCCAGUGUUAGGGCCUGUCUCUCUGAGGGGCCAGUGUUAGGGCCUGGGUUAGGACCUGUCUCUUUGAGGGGCCAGUGUUAGGGCCUGGGUUAGGACCUGUCUCUCUGAGGGGCCAGUGUUAGGGCCUGGAUUAGAACCUGUCUCUAUGAGGGGCCAGUGUUAGGGCCUGGGUUAGGACCUGUCUCUCUGAGGGGCCAGUGUUAGGGCCUGGAUUAGAACCUGUCUCUCUGAGGGGCCAGUGUUAGGGCCUGUCUCUCUGAAAGGGUCAGUGUUAGGACCUGUCUCUUUGAGGGGCCAGUGUUAGGACCUGUCUCUCUGAGGGGCCAGUGUUAGGAUCUGUCUCUCUGAGGGGCCAGUGUUAGGGCUUGGGUUAGGACCUGUCUCUCUGAGGGGCCAGUGUUAGGGCCUGUCUCUUUGAGGGGCCAGUGUUAGGGCCUGGGUUAGGACCUGUCUCUUUGAGGGGCCAGUGUUAGGGCCUGGGUUAGGACCUGUCUCUUUGAGGGGCCAGUGUUAGGGCCUGGGUUAGGACCUGUCUCUUUGAGGGGCCAGUGUUAGGGCCUGGGUUAGGACCUGUCUCUUUGAGGGGCCAGUGUUAGGGCCUGGGUUAGGACCUGUCUCUUUGAGGGGCCAGUGUUAGGGCCUGGGUUAGGACCUGUCUCUUUGAGGGGCCAGUGUUAGGGCCUGGGUUAGGACCUGACUCUGAGGGGCCAGUGUUGGGGCCUGUCUCUCUGAGAGGCCAGUGUUAGGACCUGUCUCUCUGAGGGGCCAGGGAUAUAGAGGGGAAUGGUAAAAAAAAAAUGAUCCCCCUCCUCCCACUUCAUUCCUUCUCACAGAGUAUCCUAUUUUGGUAUUGGAGAAUGCUAGCUGUGAUCUAGUUGUUCACAUCUAAAUGUGUUUGUUUGCAAAUGCAUCUUUGGAAUGGAAAGUAUUUUUCCAUAUUUGAUUUCUUAUUCUUUCAAACUCUUGUCAGAAAGAGAGAAAAAAAAAAGUAUAUUGAAUGUCCUUUCUAUAAAUUGGGUCACUAACACACAACGAUGACGGGAACUACCUUUUAGAAAACGCAUCAUUCUGUGAAUAAAAAGUCAUGUGUUGAUUAUUUUCUUGAUAGUUCAGGUCCACAUGCAGGUUUCCAAAUCAACACAAAGGGAACUCGUGGAUUGUAAAACCAGACAUUUAAACAGACAUUUUAAUUAAUUAAUUGAGUUCACCUGAAGAAAACCUCAGGUGAGUAAAAACCUGUUAGACCGUGUGUCAGGACCCGGUUACGAACCUGGGUCUCCGGAGUGAGAAACAGUCACUUAACCAACUGAGCCACAAAUAGUCAGCAGAACCCAGAAGAUGAGGCAGACACAGCAGUACUUAAGACGGUGUAUUUAAUAAAGUAAAAAAGGAGAAGUCCUUCAAUACAAAAUGGCAAAUCCAAAAGGUGGUAGGAAUAGCACAAAAAAGCCUCAAGAGAUACCCAAAAACAAAAACAGAAUUCCACAAGAGCAUCCACCGGAAACGACAAGAAUACACAGAACACUAGGGCUGGGUGCUAACAUACAAACACAGAGCCCAGAACUGAGGGAAACUAAGGGUUUAAAUACAAUUAGGGGAAACGAGGCACAGGUGCAAAUAAUAAUGGGGAACAAGGGAAAAAACAUAAGGUCAAAAAGCACAAUGGGGGCAUCUAGUGACCAAAACCCGGAACAACCCUGGCCAAAUCCUGACACCGUGACCCCUGUUUUCAGUUUAUUUUUCAUAUUUUUUUAUAGACAAGAUGCCCUUUAGUAACUUAAUAAUAAACAUUAAUUAUUAUUUAUUAACAAUAUAAUAAUAACAUUUAUUAUUACAUUAUUUAAUAAAUGUUAAAAACACAUUUGAUUCUAUUCGCACUUAAAUAUUUCUAUAAAUAAAGAUGGGAUGAGUGACGGGUUUUAUUAGGGUAUAGAGGGGGAGGGGUUUGGAGAGAUGAUGAUUGAGGUCAGCUGAUUUUAACAUUAUGGUUUGCUUGUCCAUUUCCUGUAAGGGAUGCAUAUUAUUAGCUGACCGUACCUUGGUGGUGUUGAUGUAAUGAUGAUACACUCAGCGAUGCAACUGGCUUUUACUGAGAAAAAUAAAA